AUUGUUGUCAAUAAUUUUGGAUUUGCUCUGCUGUCUUCAACAAAUUCAACAGAAGAUAAAGACGAUGCUAGCAAAUGUGAAAAGUUAACUGUUCCUUUAUGCAAGGGUGUAGAAUAUAACAUGACGAUUUUUCCUAAUCUGUUAAAUCACACAAAUCAGGGUGAAGCUGCACUUGAAGUUGAGCAAUUCUUUCCUUUAAUCAAAGUAGGCUGCUCCGGGGACUUAAAACUUUUUCUUUGCUUAUUAUACGCACCAGUUUGUACAAUUUUGGAGUAUCCUAUUCCUCCCUGCGGCUCUCUGUGUGAGAGUGCAAAAAAAUGUGAAAACGUCAUGAAAAGAUUUGGUUUCAUGUGGCCUAAAAGCCUCGAAUGCUCAAAGUUCCCUCAAAAAAAUGAAACUUUAUGUUUAGGGUCAAAUGUUUCUAUAAGUUUAGUUUGUUCACAACCAUCUUCAGUGCUCAUAUCGACUCAACAGCAAUCUAAAGAAAGAUAUAGUCAGGAAAUAAUUGAAAAUCAUAACAAAUGUGAACCCAUAACAAUUCCAUUGUGCCUAAGCAUUCAAUACAACAAGACGAUUUUUCCAAAUCUCUUAGGCCAUACAAGACAGGAUGAAGCUGCACUUGAAGUUCAUCAAUUUAUUCCUCUCAUCAAAAUAGAAUGCUCUCCAGACCUCAAACUUUUUCUCUGCUCAUUAUAUGCGCCACUUUGUACAAUUUUGGAGUAUCCAAUCCCUCCAUGUCGUUCUUUAUGCGAAAGUGCUCGAAAUUGUGAAAAAAUCAUGAAAACUUUUGAUUUCAUGUGGCCUGAAAGCCUCGAAUGUUCAAAGUUCCCUGAAGAUGCCACAGAAAAGCUUUGCAUAUCGAACAACGCGUCGUCAAGAAAUGAUCAGAAUUCUUUCACAGCCCCGUUUUCUGUUCUACAUAAGCAAGAUAGAAAAAAUAAUCAACAAGAAGUGUAUAAAAGCAAUGCAACCGGUUAUUCGCAUCGUUCAGUUGGCUUUGUAUGUCCCGUACAAUUGAAAGCUCCUCCCGUAAUGGGAUAUGAAUUAAAUGUAGCUGGAAAAGUUGUAAAAGAUUGUGGCGCACCAUGCAAUUCUUUAUUCUUCGAUGAAAACGAAAGGACGACUCUCCGUUAUUGGAUCAGUUCAUGGGCCGCUUUGUGCGUUGCCAGCUGUCUCUUCACGAUUUUAACAUUUAUCAUCGACUCAUCAAGAUUCAGAUAUCCAGAACGGCCGAUUGUCUUCUUAGCAAUUUGUUACUUGAUCGUUGGCAUGGCAUAUGUGAGUGGAUUAGGUGCUGGCGAUACAGUUGCUUGUCGUGAACCUUUUCAGCCAAAUACACGACUUGGAAGAUUACAAAUGAUAUCGACAAUCACACAAGGUCAUCGUCAAUCAACAUCAUGCACAGUUCUUUUCAUGAUGCUUUAUUUCUGCUCCAUGGCUGCUUUUGCUUGGUGGACAUGUUUAGCUUUGGCUUGGCUUCUCGCGUCAGGCUUCAAAUGGGGACAUGAAGCAAUUGAAGCGCGUUCACAUCUGUUUCAUUUGAUUGCUUGGGCCAUUCCCGCUAUUCAAACAAUCUCAGUAUUGGCAUUGGGAAAAGUUGAAGGCGAUGUUCUCAGUGGAGUUUGUUUUGUUGGUCAACUUGAUCGUCACUCGCUUGCAGUGUUUUUGAUUAUUCCUCUGUGUAUUUAUCUCUCGCUUGGUACGCUUUUCCUUUUCGCUGGAUUUGUGUCGCUCUUUCGUAUCAGAACAGUGAUGAAGAAUGAUGGAACAAAGACGGAUAAAUUGGAGAGACUCAUGAUGAGAAUUGGAUUUUUCAGCACGCUUUUCAUUUUACCGUCGUUUGUGUACUUGGGAUGUUUAUUCUAUGAGUAUAAAAACUUCGAUAAAUGGAUGAUUCAAUUUAAUCGAAGCAUGUGCAAAAAGUUCUCAAUUCCAUGUCCGCCACCAUUGAGCAUAACUGAAGAUGAGAAACCAAUUUUCAUCAAAUUUAUGUUGAAAUAUGUUUGCUCAAUGCUUGUUGGCAUCACUUCAUCAGUGUGGUUAUGCUCGGGAAAAACUGUUGCAAGCUGGAAACUUUUCAUCGAGCGGAUGAAAGGCAGCGACACACGCGAACGAAAUUAUGUUUAAUAAGGAAAGCUUUUAGGCAGAAAUUCACAGCUUUUGAUAUCCUCAAAAAUAUCUUUAAAGUGAAGAUGUAAAUUUUUGUAUCUUCCAAAAUAUUUUAAAUGUGUGAAUGACAAUUGAAUGAGAAAAAGAAAUUAAGCAGCGCUUCAUUAAAAAUUUAGUUGUUGCUAAAGUUAACGAAUGAAGUUGUGACAAAUAUUUAAAUGCUCGCAAAUUCAUUCAUCAAUUAAUGCUGAACAAAAGUGUCAUGUGUAAGUCUGAUUAAUAAGUCCAAAAUUAUACAACAACAGUAAUUUCCUACUUUUAAAGCUUUUUUACAAUUUUAAAUAACAUUUUUUAUAAGAAGUAUAAAAAAACUACAAGAAAUGAAAAGAAUUAAUAACUUGAUUAUAUAAUUUGAUGCUUUAAUCAAUAAAACAAAAUAAAAAAAAUAACAAAAAU